GCUGACCUACCGUAACAUUAGCACUGGUGAAUGGGUGUGUCUGACAAAAACGGUAGAAAGAUGGAAAUGAAAAUUGACCGAAACCACCGAAUCGUAUAAAAGUUUUUUGGCCAAUUGGUUCCGACAUCAGACCGCAACAAGCGUUUCAACAAACAGCUUAACAAGUGCCAACCAUCACUCACAGGAGAUCCAAAAUGUUCAAGAUCAUCGUUCUGGUUGCCUGUUUGGCCGUUGUUGCCUCCGCGAGAUACCUUGCCGUGGAUCACGGUCAUCAUCACGAUGAUUAUCAUCAUUCGCACCCGAAGUACAAGUUUGAGUAUAGUGUUAAAGAUAGCCACACCCACGAUCACAAGAGCCAGUGGGAACACCGUGAUGGCGAUGUCGUGAAGGGACAGUACACUCUGGAUGAGGCUGAUGGCACUCAUCGUGUGGUUGAUUACAGCUCGGAUCACAAGGGAGGAUUCCAGGUUCACGUUCAGCGCAACGGACACGCCCACCACCCGCACGGAGAGAGCUACGUGAAGAUCGAUCAGCACUAUUGAUAAUUCAAAAUGAGUUGUUUAACUUAUUAUGCGUUCAGUUUAUGUAAAUAAAACUAUCCUCACAAAUCAA